GUUACGAGGCGGGGGGCGUGGUUAUUGUUUUUCGCCACCCUUACCCGGAGUCACAACCGGACAUUGACUUUGACGUCUUGGACAGGGGAGCUGCUGCCAACGACGGACGCUGCGUUCAAGGUUCUCGCUGUCUUCUGAGAGUGCUGGACCCAAACCAAACCGCCCGCCACCCCCUCAUCCUCGCUGUGGUGGCCCCGACUGAAAACGUAAAUCCGUAACCUCUGAACAUCUCAUCCGCACCGUGCCAAGGUGCCACGAGGAGGGCCCCCCCCCCCCUUUUACACACCUCGUCGAUCAUCUGUUAUCCCUACAGGAGGAGCGCGCGAGGUCUUGCUCCCGAGGAGCAGAGCUCUGUUGACCCGCUGCCACGAUGGAAUACAGUUUGCCCGACGCCGAUUACGACGAUGAGGAAGACGAUGACGAUGGCGGUGACGGCAACGUCCCUGGCGGGAGGGAUUACGGAUCGGACCUCUCCGCCGCGGGCUGGGCGCACCCGGUGAUCCGCGAGCCGGACAACGGCUCGGAAGACGGGCGUCAUUACGAGUCGCUGCCCAUGUCCUCGCUCAGAGAUGUGAAAACAGGAUUUGAAGCCGCCCCUCAGAUGGCUCCUACCCAGCAUGCACUGGGCCUGGGGGCCUCGGGUCCCGUGGACGACUCUGCCAUCCCCAGCGAGAUCAUGCUCAACCUGCCCAGCCGCACCGUUGGCCGCAAGUCGGGCAAGAUGCUGGGGUCGAUACGGCGGCGCAACACUUCCAUCCGCAGGACCAGCUCCAUCGCCACGUCGACCAGCACGCCCGACGAUGAGACGGAGUUGCUGCUGCAGGAGCUGGUGGCUCUGUCCGCGGGCGACCGCCAGCGCACGCUGCGCGAGAUGCUCACGCCGCUCGCCGAGAAGCGGUCGCUGCAGUCGCGCGCCGCCCGCGCCGACCAAGACCCCCGGCGCACGCGCCGAGCCGCCGGCGCCGGCUGCUGCACCUCGUGCCUCCUCACCAUCAAAAUCACUCUGAGGAGGUGCCGGGACUCUCUGCGCGCCGCGGGAGAGUGGCUCUCGCCGUGGCGCUCGGCGCUCAAGUCGGUGGGCAGCCGUUUCGGCACGGGCGUGCUCUCCUACUUCCUGUUCCUGCGCUGGCUGCUGUGGUUCGACCUGCUCGCCGUGCUGCUCACCGUGGGCUUCAUGCUCAUCCCGCAGUCGCUCGAGGUCACCGGCUCCAACGGCACCGCCGGGACGCCGUUCCGCGGCCUCGAGAUCCUCACCGGCGCCGGCGCCUUCUCGGACUCGCUGCUCUAUUACGGCUACUACUCGAACUCGACGCUGCUGCGUGACGGGAGGGACUCGCCCUACAACAUGCAGUUCUCUUACUUCUUCACUACGGCCGCCUACAUCAUCGCCUGCGCCGCGGGGCUGCUCUACAGCAUGGGGAGCUCUUUCAGCCAGAACUACGUGGUGCCGGGCCAGGGCACGGACUACAGCAAAGCGUUCUGCUCCUGGGACUUCCGGCUCACGAACGAGAAGGCCGUGACCCUCAAACAGCGCAACCUCAGCAUGCAGCUCAAGGAGCUGCUGGCGGAGCUGCGCGCCGACGACGAGGCGCUGUCGUUGCCGCAGCGCCUGCGGAAGCUGCUGGUGCACUUGGGCGUGUGGCUCGCCACCACCGCCGCCUCCGCGGGCUCCUGCGCCGGCAUCUACUUCCUGUCCAAAAAUACUAAGCACAAUCAGGACGGCAACCUGGCGGACGAGGCGGCCCUGCUGCUCCUGCCGUUUGUCGUGUGCCUCCUCAACCUGGUGCUGCCGCUGCUCUACUCGCUGCUCGGCCUCGUGGAGGUCUACCGCCACCCGCGACACCGGAUCUUCGCCAACAUCCUCCGAAACGUCAUCCUGAAGAUGUCCCUCCUCGGCAUCCUCUGCUACUACUGGAUAGACAUCGUGCCAGAGUCGGGCAUGACGUGCUGGGAGACGUUCGUUGGGCAGGACCUCUACCGCCUCAUCGUGAUGGACUUCAUCUUCAGCCUGCUCGAGACGUUCUUUGGAGAAUUCAUCUGGGGGUUGGGUGCGCGCUGCUGCUACAAGGGUGAGGACGGCUCCCACAAACCCGAGUUCGACAUCGCUCGCAACGUCCUCAACCUCAUCAACGCACAGACGCUCUUGUGGCUGGGAUUGUUCUUCUCGCCGUUGCUGCCGUUCAUCCAAAUCAUCAAGCUCGUCAUCAUCUUCUACGUGAAGAAGCUGAGCCUGCGCAUGAACUGCCAGCCGCCGCGGCGGGCGUGGAGGGCCGCCCAGACGUCCACCUUCUUCAUCUUCCUGCAGUUCUUCCCCGCCUUCGUGGGCUACGUGAGCCUGGUGGUGGUCCUCAUGUGGAGGAAGACUCCGAGCGCGAACUGCGGGCCGUUCCGCUCGCUGCCCCUGUUCUACGACGCCGUGCGCCGGUGGGUGACAGAAGUCGACAAGACGCGGUCGGCGGCCGUGUGGCUUUACAUCAACUUCAUGGAGAGCGCCCUCUUCUUCUUCAUCAUCAGCGCCUUCCUCUUAAUGGCCGUCUACAUCCAGUAUCAGCUGUACGAUGGGCGGAAGCAGACGGUGAAGCUUCUGCAGCAACAAAUCAAAAACGAAGGGCACGACAAGCAGUUCCUGCUGGAGAGGCUCCAGAAUGAGCACAAAAACAAGAAGCAGCAGCAGGGGAACCGGCAGGGCCGAGCGGGAGGCGCGGGGAAUACAAAACCGUCGGGGGGGCAACCGAUGGGUCCGUCCGCACAGUUCCCGGAGAAGAUGACCACGGAGGGCCGCGUCUCGUUCCCGGGCGUCGACUACUCCUUGGGUCCUGAUUACUGAGGGACGUCCCUGGGCCGGUCGUCACGGUGACGGACUGAGCGACGCUGAGGGUUGCCCUCGCCACCUACGCUGUUGCUGCUGCUGCUGCCACGACCAGUGACAAUGAAGUGGCGAGCGGGUCGCUCCCGCUCCGUCUUCCUCACUCCAUUACUCCUUCCUUCCUCAUCCUCCCCGUCGCAUCGUACGUCCUGGACUCCCCGGCGGGUUCAGCGGCCGAGCGGAUUUUUGGAGAUGUUGCCGCUGCACGCUGCGUGUGGUUGCCGCCGCACGCUGCUACACACGCGCGUCACGCGGGAGAGGCGACCGCUCGUAACUUUACACGAUGAUUGAUUUUGGUUACGCCCGGUACGUGUAACCUUGCGUAAAUUCCGCACAUUUUGCACUUGAUUGUUUAUAUAUUAAUUAUGGUUUUACUGUAACCUCGCUCUUUAGAGGGAAAAAAAAACACUUGUCACGAUCACCACCUAACUCCCGACUGUCGGUAUCAUUUGUAUAUAUAUAUAAAAAAGAAAACUGGCUUAAUUCCGGUUUUGUUUCUAAAUAAAAAUGUAAAGCACUCGGCUCGAAUCUGC